UAAAAAAUGGCCGCUUUGCAGCAAGUGCAUUUUUUUUUGUAUUAGGCUAAUUUGAUUGAAACGAGCACAUAAAGCCCCAACUUGGAGCUCCUGUUGAACGGAAAGCCAUCAGAGGGCAGUGGAAUAAUGGAGCAGGUGACGGACACCGAAGUGCAAACACCGGAGCCACUCCAAACGGAGGAGCCUGCUCGGGAAGUUGAAAAAUGUGAGAGCGCAGAACCCAAAACAUCGGCGUUGGAAGCACUUCCAAAAAGUGCGGGUCCCACUGAUUUGGAGGAUGAGCUGGCAAAUCUCAACGGCUCAGACGAGGGCGCAGGCCUGGAUGAACUGAGCUCGCUGGAGCAGGAGAUAGCCAAGCUGCACCACAUUCGACCUCCGGAUGCGGCCUCCGAAGCUGCUAAUUCCGCUACUCCCAGUGGCGGAGCUGAUAAUGGUGGCUUGGAGGCCCGCCUGGGAGGUGAGGACCUGGCCGGUGGGUCCCCACUCCUCGAAGAUGGCCACGAUCCCUCGGGCAACGGCCAGAUCAGCGAAUCCCCCUUGGAGGAAGUGGAUCUGAUUGCCCUGCUCAAGGGCACAGACACCAGUCAUGAGCAACCUUCCGGCGAGGACAAGUGCUCCCUGGAGAAGGCUCUCUCCGAGCUGGACAGCGUGAAAGAGGAAGUCGAUGUUGGUGUCACCAUCGAGGGCGAAGGGCAGUUUGAGAUCAUGGAGAUAGACGACGACGAGGGGGAGUCAUCCACUCGAAAAGCCAGUCCCAAAGUGCCUGUGUCCAAGCCCAGCAAGCCUCAGGCAUCCGCCGCCGACGUGGAGCCGAAGAGACCUUCUAUUCCAAAGCAUAAGCUUUCCCCGGAGCAAGCCAGAGCCGUGGCCCUUGAGCAGAUGGCCGGCCUCAAGCCCAAGCCGCGCCGCAAGGAGCCGCCGCCUGUGGUCAAGCCAAAGGACAUUGUCACCUCAUUGAACGACGAUUGGGACGACUACGACUCUGAGGAGGACAAGCCCACAUCUACGUCUGGAUUGGUAACGGAAGUGAUAGCCCUGCCACCGGCGCAACUGGUCCCCAAGAAGUCACCUGUAUCUUUGCCCCUAAAAAAGAUUACAUCCCCUACCAAAACCAGUCUAAACUCGCCCAUUUUGCUCAACAACAAGAUCAGCAGCGUUAAAGUAAUGCUAAAGCCCGUGAGCCAAAAACAGUUGGCGGCCUCAACGAGUCCAACAGUGGAGAAACCCAAGCCAGCAGCAGUCACUGUGUCAACUCCCAUUGAAACCGAAGAGCCCACCACGGGCUUUAAGCGCAUGCGUGUAAUUAAGAGAAAGAUUAUAUGGGAUCCGGAUGUGCCUGAGUCGAAAAAGUCAUUUGCGCAGUAUGCCACCGCGAAGGCACCGGCUAAGGCGUCUUCUCCAGCACCACAAGCACCAAAAACGACUGUCAAAAGCAUUUCCCCCAACGCGCCCAUCAAGAAAGAGGUGGCACCAAAAAAACGGGCAGCAACUCCCACUGUACGGAUCUCUAAGGCUGGCACUCCAGUUGGCGGAAAAGAGCGGAGUGCCUCUCCUGUUAAGCGGCGCUCGCAAACUCCGAACGCAGGUCUGGCCAAUGGAGGAGUCCAGAAAAAGAAGAAGGUCUCUGAAAUCGAUCGCCUGAUGGGCGACGAGGGGGCGGCUAACAUGAUUCACGCAGUGGAACACGAGCAGCGGGAGAUGAGCGGCGGAGAGGUGUCCAACAAGCCGCUGAUGCGCAAACGAGCCAUGACCAUAACCGGAAGGCAGAAUCAGGCAUUCCGUGCAGCAGCGGAUCCAUCGCCGCCCAAAAAGGAGUCGGCACAUCCGGCCACCAAGCGAACUCCUGGCGCUUCAGAUUCCGUUUUCACCAAGACCACCGCCAACACAUCCGCCAGCAAGCCACGCGCCUCCGACUCCUGGGACUAUGUGUAUAAGCAGCGCGCCAGCGAGGAAUCCAUGAUCGUGCGUCGGCGCUCCAACAGCUCAUACUCCAGCAAUGCCUCCGUUAGCCGGAAUUCGCUGGACAAUAAGUCGGGAGCAGCCAAUCUGUCGGACGAUGCAGCCGAGGGCUCCGAUCCUUCCUUCAAGUUCCUGAAGCCAAUUAACAAGACAAACCAAAAGGGCGGCGAGGAUGCCUCCUCGCACACGCUGGCCAACGAUAUGAAGGCGAACAGUGGGAGUGAGUUGGUGGUCUUGCACAAGGUGAACAAGGUGGCUCACCUGGUGAUUCACACGCAUCACGGAAAGUCCGGACACACUUACAGCACCCAGCUGUUGGAGCAGUUAAACGACACGCUGAUCAGCGUUGCCCGCAAAAGCGAGUUCAACACAGUGCUGCUAACCGUUGAAGGUCCGCAGUUUUGCCAGGGCAUCGAUUGCCAGGAACUGGUGCAGGGAUCGCUGGAGAAGCGCAGGGAAGGCGCUAGUCGGCUGUCCGUAGCUCUAAAAACCUAUCUGCGCACUUUGGCCACAUUUCCCAAGCCCUUGGUGGCGGGCAUUGUUGGCAACCUGAUUAAUCUGGGCGUCAUGCAGCUGCCUUUUGCAGACUACGUGGUGGCCGCCGAUGAUUGCUCAUUUGAGACUAACUAUGCCAAGUUGGAUCAGCUGCCCGAGGGCUAUGCUCUGUGGCAUGGCCACGGAAAGGUGUCCAGUCAAGUGCAUUCGCGUUUGUUUCUGUUGGGUGAAAGACUGUUCGCACCGGAACUUUUGGGACCGCACAGUUUCGUUGACAAGAUCUGCAAGGCCCGCAACGUUAGCAACGAGGCUUUGGCCAUAGCCAAACAAAUAUCCACUAACUCUGCGAAGAUGUAUGGCUCGCUGAAAAAACUCAACCACUCGGCCACCAAUGCGGCUAAUUUUCCGCGUUUGGAUGAGGAACUGAAGGUCAUAGCCGAACAGUGGUUGGCUCCCAAUUGCUGGGCUAAUUUCAAAAGCUACCUUAGCGACGUUGACUUCUAGAGCAUAGAAUAAGAAAUAUUGUAUACCAUAUGCAGUGGUAGAGCAAUUCACAUAAACAAACAUUUAACAAUUAAAAACCUACAUUUAGUUGA